GAUUAUUUAUUCUUGUAUUUAUUAUUAGCAUUCUCUUCAAAUAAGCCAACAAAGUUAUCAAACAAGAAGCACUACGUUAGAUACUUAAGUGGAUACAAAUUUAUUUAAAACUAAAUGAAGAGAACUCUCAAUAUUAAAAAAUUAAAAAAGAAAGGAAGCUAAUGCAGAAAAGGCUAAUAUAGCAACGAUGAGGAAAGUCCUUACAUGUCAGGAAAUGAAAAGGAUAAUACUUUUAAUAACAAAUUAGAAAAUGAUAAUAAAAAAAAUAAUAAUUUAGAUGAUAUAAAUUAAAACAAUUUUGACUUUUAGAAUUAAUAGCUGUAAAAUAUAAAAGAGAACUCAUAUAAAAAAGAAAUGACUACUUUAGAGUUAUAGGAUUUAAAAAUAUAGUAGGAUUUGUUAGAUAUAGCUGAUUCAGCUAGGAGUAAAGAUUCAUUUGGGCCUUGGCUACCGCCACCAAAGUAGUAGUUAAAAGUACGAUCUCAUUCAAAAAAUGAAAGCAGAAAUGCAAAUAGAAACUAAAAAUCUUCAAUCUCAUAGAGAAAUUUAUUAAAAAGACCUCUUUCUACUUAGCAUUAAUAUACAGAAGAUAAUUUUCAUGUAUAAUAAGGGUUUAAUGUUGAUUUGAAUCCUAUUUAUUAAGAUGAUUAAAAUAAUGGAGAUAAAAAUGGUUUAUGCAUAAUUCAUUCACACACCUAAGACUAAAGUUUAUUACAAUAAAAUACUUUAUUAGGAAAAAUGGGGAAAGACUAAAAAAAAUAAAUAGCUUCUGUUAAAAAUAUAAGUUUUAGCGAUGUAGAUGUAAAUAAUUUAAAUAUAGCAAAGUAAGGAUUUAUUAGCACUGAAAACGAUUGCUAAGAUGCUUGCCUCUCUUAUAACAAUAAAAUUUUUAAAAUGUCUCCUUAAAGAAAAGGAGGUGCUCCUAUAAAUCCUAAAUAGCUAUUAGAAAAGAGAUCCUAGACUUGCUAAGAAUCCAACUAGAGGUUGUUUACUUAGUAAAGUAACUAUUAAUAAGGACAAUAGUAGCAUAGUAAAUUUAAUAAAAAGAAUAGUAUAAGCGAAUAAAAUGAUUCUAUAAUAGUUCCUUUAUUUACUUAGAAUUAGGUUUAUAACCCUAUUCAAAAGCAACCUGAAAGCAAAAAAAACUGCUAUAACAUGCCUUUGAGAAAUACAUUACCUAGGUUUUUAAAGAAAACUGCUUAGAAAAUAAAGAAUGAUUAUAAUUAAUAUAUUAAAGGACACUCUUAAAAUAUGUAUAAUAAUAUUAAUGGAAAAACCAUAGAAGAUGGAUAGAAAAAGAGCUAGGAUAUCUACUAUUAAGAAAUAUCUGAUUUAUUAAAUAAAACUAUAAACACAUUUAAUUUUAAUAAUGUCAUAGAUACUAACGAGGCUGAAUUUAUGAGACUUAACCCUUAAAAUUCUCAAAUAUCAAGAUAUUCUCCUGUCUUAAAAUCUAAAAAAUCUGCCUCUCCUACAAAAAAAAUAAGUCUAGAAAAUAACAACUCUUUCUAAAAUGCACCUUAAAUCAAAGUGGUUUCAAAAUAAUAAUAUAAAGCAAGUCACUCAGGAGCUGCUGGAACAUCGAAUAUUGAAAGGAUUAAAAGCAGAUACUCUAAUGAGGAUAUUAAAAAUUAGAUUGAUCAAUUAGAGGAAGGUUAGAGUCCAAACAAUAAUGAAUAAAAUGCAAUUUAUGAAGCAAAAACAGAAUCAAAUUCUCCUUCUUUCAGAUAAGGAAAAAUUAUCAAUAAGAAAGGUAACAAUGUGAAUAGGAUUCUCCUAGAAAUUUAACAAACAGCUACAACAGUAGAUGAAUUAAAUCAAGUUACUUCUAAUAAUAUAUAAAAUUUUAAUCAAAAGCAGCAAGAAAAGAUUCCUAUUUUAAUUAAAUAAACUAACGGGAAUUUAUUGACUAUUAACCCUCAUGCUGUUCAUCCCACUUAAACUAAUGGUGAAGAUAUGCAGCGUGUUAGCCUUAAUUUUCAACAUUAAAGUCAGUUAACUGAUAAAAAAGGUAUGGUUAUAGUUUAAAAGAAUUCUUCUUAAAGUAGACCUAAUUCGCAACAAAAAGGAAAAAUAGCUCGUGAAAAUUUGUCAAAUGAAGGAAAAAAUAUUUCAAUACAAUUUAAGCUUUCAUAUCACAGAGGAAAGUCAAUUAUUAGUUAGCAUCAAAAUGAAAGACUAAAUUUAUCUUAAAGUGGAGUUUAUACAAAUAAUGCCUUCCAAGUUCAAAAUUAUGCAUUAUUAGAUAAUAGAAGUAAAAAUAACAGCACUUCAGCUGUAUAAAGAAAAAUAAGUUAAGCAAUCAGUCAAAUUGGUAUUAACGAUUAAAUAAAUUAAUCAGGUUUUGAAAAUUUACAAUUUAAAGGCAAGCCGAAUGGUAUCCUAAAAUAAUUAAAUACUUAAAAUAGUGAUGAAGAAAUGGAUGAUUAACAAAGUAAUUAUAAGCUGAGUUAAAUUGAUUAGCUUAAUCAAAAUGAUGUAGUUUUUUUAGAUAAAUAAAACAGCUAAAAAGGGGAUUAGUAUAAUUCAAAACUGCUCAAAAAUAGAAGAGUGCUUUCUGCAUAAUCUCAUCACUAAGAAGAAAAAAAAAGAUUCUCAUUACAAACAUAUACUUAAGCUAGUUCUAAUAAUGAUACAAUAAUAUAAAAUUUAAAUAAAAAGAGUAAUUUUAACAAAGAAAACAGUGAUAAUAAUUAUUAAAAUAAUGAUUUUAAUAACAUAGCAGAUAGUAUACUCGCUCCUAGAACAGCUAAAUCUCCUUUUUUAAACUAUAGGAGAUAAAUGUCUGGAGUUCCAAGUAACAAUAAAACAAUCUAUGAAAAUAUAUCAUCAAAAAUAAGAAAAAACCUUUCAUUUGACCAAGAUUUAAAUUCAAAAGAAAUUGAAUAAAUAAAAGACAAAGAUGAUCCUCAAAAUUUUAUGAAUAAUGUUGACGCCUAGCUCUUAUUUAAUUCAAAUGCCUUGGAAUUUAAUGGAAGAAAUUCUUUGAAAUCUUAAGAUUAUCAUAAAAAAAGAUCAAGUUAUUUGAAGAAUAGCAUUAAUCUAAACCAAAAAUCAUCAAUACCAAAAUCUUAAUUUAAGCCUAAAUAAAUUUCUACAGAGUAAAAAACGAUUUGUGAUAUAAAAAAUAUAAUUCCGACAAUUGAUUGCAAAAAAAUAUUAUGA